UGCUGUCCCCCCAAGUAGCGCAUCCUGUCCAAGCUUAGCACAGAAGUGGGCAGGAUGGCGACCAAUGACAGGGUGGAGAUGUCCCUGGACCAAGUGAUCAAAAAGGAUUGGAAAGACCCCAAAGGCGGCAGCAGAGGCGACACCAAGGCGGCCACGCCUUCGGCGCCCCGCGGCAAGGUGGCCGCCUUCGGCAAGGCCGUGCUGGGCCGCGGGAAGGGCGGCAAGGGCGGCAAGGCGGCCGGCCGUGGCUUAGUCCGUCGAAAUCCUAUCAUGACCAAGGUGCGCCGCGCUCCAGUGAAGGGCGCCUCAAAGUCGAAGGGCAAAGCAAAAGGAAACGUGCGCUGGGUGCCCAAAGGUGAAGCGAUUAGAAACGACCGAGAAAUGAGCCGUGGCAAAGGAAAAGGUCGCUCAGAGGGCAAGUCGAGUGGCAAGGGCAAGUCCAGCGGCAAGUCCACCGGCAAGUCCAGCGGCAAGUCCGGCAAGUCCAGUGGCAAGUCCACACAGCGCUUUGGCAUGAGACUGUGGCGCGGAGCAACGACUCGACCAACCAACGCAGAGGUCACGAGGGGGCCAAAAGGCAAGAGCAAAGGCAAGGGCAAGAGCCUCGGAAAGUCCUCGAACCUGCUACGUGUAAAUCGCAAUCAGACAUUCGUCAAGAAGAGCACCAAAGGUCUGAGUAAGGGCAAGAAGGGUGGCGGCAAGUCACUGGCUGUCUCCACCUACUCCAGCAAAGGGCAAGGCAGCUACAGCAAAGGCAAGUCCAAGGGCAAGAGCUACGACAGUGGCUAUGGCAGUGGCAGAAAUGGUAGCAGCUACGGUGGCAGCUACGGCGGUAGCGGCUAUGGGGGCGGCUAUGGUGGCGGUGGCGGUUGGGGCCAGGGCUACGACAACUAUUACAAAGGAAAGGGCAGCCGAGAGUCUUCGCCGCGUGCGUCAGAUCAGCUCAUGCCAGAGGACAAGCGCAUGAUGAAGAAGAUCACGGUCGUGGCGCAGCUUGACAAGGUGCCCAAGCCCCAUCCUGCCAUGCAGGGACUGCGGAAGCGGUCCACUGGAGGAGACACGGGCGCUUUGAGUAGUCGCUUCGCAGCCAACUUCCGUCGUUGAGGCUGGCAAUGAUCGUCUUUGAAUCUGGAUGCCAGACAUAUCAUCCCCAGCAAGGAUUUUGACGGUCUCAGUCCACCAAAUGGACGAAACCAUGCUGCCAGUGCUGCCAUGAAAGCCUAUGUGCUGCCUCUGUGUUUCUCAAGAAAAGGGUUUUGCUUGACGAGAGUAGACCGCUCUGGCGCGUUUUAGGAAGGUAAUUCUGGGAUGUGCUGAUAUGUUUACUCAAGGUUUCC